CAUCUUAACACUUUUCUCCAAAACCAUCCAACAAGGGAAACAGAAUAUUAUUCCAUUUUUCAAUUAUGGCAUCCUCAACUCAAUUCUCCACCACUCUUGUUACACUAUGUCUCUUCCAAUUCCUAGCUGGUUCGUAUUCAACGACAUUCACGAUUGUGAACAAGUGCAGCUACACAGUUUGGCCCGGCAUUUUAUCCGGCGCCGGAACCUCGCCGCUCCCCACCACCGGCUUCGUCUUACAACCCGGCGAGUCCAACGUGAUCGCCGUGCCGGCCGCCUGGUCCGGCCGCCUCUGGGGGCGGACCUUCUGCACCCAAGAUGCCACAGGAAAAUUCUCCUGCGUCACCGGCGACUGCGGCUCCUCCGCCGUGGAAUGCAACGGCGGAGGAGCCGCCCCGCCGGCCACGCUGGCGGAAUUCACCCUGAACGGCGCCGGCGGGCUGGAUUUCUUCGAUGUGAGCCUCGUGGACGGUUACAACCUCCCCAUGAUCGUGGAGCCACAGGGCGGAACCGGCGCCGGAAACUGCACCGCCACGGGGUGCGUGGUGGAUUUAAACACGCCGUGCCCGGCGGAGCUGAUGGUGAUGAGCAGCGGAGAGGGCGUGGCGUGCAAAAGCGCGUGCGAAGCUUUCGACGAUCCACAGUACUGCUGUAGUGGCGCUUACGCGACGCCUGACACAUGCAAACCCAGUUCAUACUCGCAGUUCUUUAAGAGCGCGUGCCCACGCGCUUAUAGUUACGCUUAUGACGAUGGCUCCAGCACCUUCACUUGCGCCACAGCGGAUUAUACCAUCACUUUCUGCCCACAACCAUCCACUAGUUCGAUUAAAUCGGGAAAUGGGAAAUACCCAAUGGCGGUGGACAAUUCGGGUGCUAAUGUAGACGUAAGAACAAACAAUGUUAUGGCGGUGAUUGCUUCUGUUUUGGUGGCAUUUGUGGCAACUCAAUUAGGUGUCCCUUCACUGCCAAAGUUGCAUUAAAAUGGCUGGUGAAUUUGGUGGGCUAUAACUUUUUAUUUUGAUUUUUAUAUAAUACACCGUGCAUGCCAAUUGCCAGUCUCUAUCGAUUCGGUUCUCAACUUGCAUCAUAUUCUUGCGGAAUCAAGGUUGGCAACUUGUGUUUGAAGAGAUGCAAUGGGAAUCGGUGCAAAGAUUGCCACUUCUCAACUUGUAUAUAUACCAACUAAUUAAAACAUUAAUUGGUUAUGUCUUCAUGGAGCACUUAUUUAGAGUAGAAAGGUUCAGAUGCACAGACAGAAUUAGGCAAGUGGCAUUUACUUCGGCUCAUGAGUCUAAUACCAUUCAUGUGUUGUCCUCUAUCUUCAGAGACAAACAGGAGGGCAUUUUGGGAAGAAUUGUGACAUUUUUAUAAAUAAAAUGCCAUUGCCAUUAAUUUGCUCCAAUUGUAAAUAUGAACAUCAAGUUUAUUGAGGUGAACAAGGAGUAGAACAAUUUUGAAUUGCUGGAGCAGUUAUUUUCUCUCCUAAUGGCACCAGAUAGAGGUUUGUGCGUUUGACCUACUUUUAUGUAGACCUACUAUUACAAUCGUUAAUUUGAGAAUUGAAAUGUCUCUUCAACAAA